UCCUUUCUCUCUCUAGCGACAUCUUUCUUUCUCUAGAAUGCCUUUUUUUCGUAUAAAUUCCCAAAAAAGUAACCUUGAAGGGAGAGAAGGUUCGUUCAGGAAUUCAUGGCUGAUCAGUAGUCUUUACAUUACUUUUCUCUGUGGUCCCCCUGAGAACACUUAUCACACCAGCUGAAUCUAUGACCUCUUCAUUCUCCAUUUCAUCCGCAAUUCGAAGAAACCUCACCCCAUAUUCUUUAUAAAAUCCCUUUCUCUCUUUCUCGCUCUAACCUUUUUCUUCUUCUUUUCCCUUUCUCACCACUUCCCUCUCUCUCUCUUAGAGAACCCAGCUUUGCUUUGCAACUCCUCUACGAUUCUGGAACCAUAUCUCCAGAAAAAUCUAUACAUUUUCUGCAAUUUUUGUGCAGAUCUCUCUCUCUCUCUCUCUCUCUCUCUCUCUACUUCUCAAGGUUUUUAUGUUGCACAUGAGAAAACCCAGAUCUUGAGAGCUCAGAGUUCAACAAAUUUUGGAGUGUGACGGGAGGAGCAAGUGAUGAGCCAGUGCGUCCCCAGUUGGGACCUCAAGUCGAAGCUCGGCCUCCAUGUGGAUGAAGAUGAUUUCCAGAACCUUUACGACCCAUUGUUAGAAUCGGACUACCAAGUCGCAGAAUUAACAUGGGAGAACGGGCAUCUGACAAUGCACGGGCUUGGCCCUCCAAAGCCCCCCAUCAAGCCAGUCCAGCGGUGUACAUGGGAAAAACCCCAAUCCGGUGGUGGCGGAGGUGGUGGCAGUGGCGGUAGCGGUGGCGGUGGCGGUGGCGGUAGUGGUGGCGGUGGAGGUGGAGGUGGCGGUGGCGGUGGCACACUAGAAUGCGUGGUUAAUCAAGCCAAACGUGCGUCCCAUGGCACCCUUGUAACCGUUGAGGAGCCUACGACCCUUGCCCCUUGGUCAGUGGAUGCCCUUGUACCGUGCUCUGACCCGAAAGGCCCGGCACGCGCAUGUGCAAUAGAUCACGCAUCUGCCACAUGUGCGAACGUGCCUGCAGUUCCAGGGCUCACGCCCAGCCAAAGAGGGCCAGGCACGUGUGUGGCAUCAUGUUCGUAUCCCAACAUCGUGCCUUCUCAUUUCCAAACUCUUUUAAAGGCCGACGAGGGGACCUCGAAAAGAAAGAGGGCGAGAAGCAUGCACGUGUGUGAGCCAAUGUACACACGUGUGAGCGGACAAGGGAUUGAUGAUAGCAAGAACAGGAGCAUGCGCAUGGGCACGUGCGAGAGGAGCUUUGAUCUUGGGCUAGCCUCAACAUCGAUGGGAUCACAAGACAAGACUAGCUCUGCAAGGCGUCUUGCAACUGAGGACCACGAUAGUGCUAGCCACAGUAGACCACAGAGGGAGGACGAUGGUGAACACGAUGAGAAAAGGAAAUGCCAAGGAGAGAGAUCCUCCGUUUCCACAAAGAGGAGUAGGGCUGCAGCCGUACACAGCCAGUCUGAACGUAAAAGGAGGGACCGAAUCAACCAAAAGAUGAAAGCCUUACAAAAGUUGGUGCCCAACUCUAGCAAGACUGAUAAAGCAUCCAUGUUGGACGAGGUGAUAGAAUACCUUAAGCAGUUGCAAGCUCAAGUACACAUGAUCAGUAGGAUGAACAUGUCCCAAAUGAUGAUGCCCAUAACCAUGCAACAGCUUCAAAUGGCCAUGAUGGCCCAAAUGGGCAUGGGCAUGAGCAUGGGCAUGGGUAUGGGCAUGGGCAUGGACAUCAACUCAGCCAUGAGACCAGCUGCAAUCCCCAAUGGCAUGCCCCCCAUCAUCCAUCCAGCAUUCCUCCCGUUUCCCAUGUCGUGGGAUAAUUCCGGCGAUCGUCUCCCGGCUUCCGGCAAUGUCAUGGAGGAUCCUUUCUCAGCCUUCCUUGCAUGUCAUCCACAAUCGAUGACUAUGGAUGCAUAUGGUAAAAUGGCUGCCUUGUACCAACAUCUCCAUCAACAGCAGACACCACCAAACACCAGUGUCUCUCGUGACUAGAAAGAAAAUAUAUUUUAGUAAAUGAAGUUUUAAUAAAUGCUAUAUUUUGUUUCACUCUUUGUAUAGUUUAUUUGUAAUUAAAUUUAGGCCAGUAUAUUUUUUUUUGGCACAUGCAUGUAUGUAUAGUGCACGAAGCAUUGAAUAUGUUUUAGAUGAUUUUUCAUGGAGCGGAGUAUCCGUAGAUAAUGUCUUA